CGUAAAGGGGCUGCAGAGCACGUAAGAUCCAGACGUCCUUUCUCCCCCAUUUGCACUACGGCUGCACUACAAGACUCCCUCACAGUGUUUGAUGUUUUUGAGAAGAGGCACAGACUGUUACAUCCAGUGUUAAAGUCUCAGAGGAAGAAAAAACAUCACCAACUGCAGCCAUGAAUGGCACAGAAGGACCCAACUUUUACGUCCCCAUGUCUAACAAGACUGGGUUGGUUCGCAGCCCAUUUGAGCACCCUCAGUACUACCUGGCUGAGCCCUGGAAGUACUCUCUUCUGGCUGCGUACAUGCUGUUCCUCAUCAUUACUGCCUUCCCCAUCAACUUUCUCACACUCUAUGUCACCAUCAAAAACAAAAAGCUGAGGACGGCUCUGAACUAUGUCCUGCUCAACCUGGCGGUGGCCGACCUCUUCAUGGUCCAUGGGGGAUUCACAGUCACUCUCUACACAGCACUGCAUGGAUACUUCGUCUUGGGGGUCACCGGCUGCAACAUUGAGGGAUUCUUUGCCACCUUAGGAGGGGAGAUUGCUCUCUGGUCUCUGGUGGUUUUGGCUAUUGAGCGCUACAUUGUAGUCUGUAAGCCAAUGACCAACUUCCGCUUUGGGGAGAAACAUGCCAUCGCUGGGCUAGCAUUUACAUGGAUCAUGGCCCUGACUUGUGCUGUUCCCCCUCUGCUCGGAUGGUCCCGGUACAUCCCAGAGGGAAUGCAGUGCUCCUGUGGGAUUGACUACUACACUCCUAAGCCUGAGAUCCACAACACCUCAUUUGUCAUCUAUAUGUUCGUCCUCCAUUUCCUUAUCCCCCUUAUUAUUAUUUUCUUCUGCUACAGUCGCCUACUCUGCACUGUGCGAGCGGCUGCGGCCCAGCAGCAAGAGUCUGAAACCACCCAGAGAGCAGAGAAAGAGGUGACACGUAUGGUUAUCAUCAUGGUGAUCUCCUUCCUGGUGUGCUGGAUGCCCUAUGCAACCGUGGCUUGGUACAUCUUUGCCAAUCAGGGAACUGAGUUUGGACCAGUGUUUAUGACUGCUCCGGCUUUCUUCGCCAAGAGUGCUGCUCUGUACAACCCAGUCAUCUACAUUCUGCUAAACAGACAGUUCAGAAACUGCAUGAUCACCACUGUGUGCUGUGGAAAAAACCCGUUUGGAGACAAUGAGGCCAGCACCGCUACCACCUCCAAAACUCAGACUUCGUCUGUCUCAUCCAGCCAGGUGGCCCCUGCUUGACCGGUGCCCUCUCCUCCCCCCUUCAAUGUCCCAUCUGUCCCUGCACACCUAGGGACCCACCACCGCAAAGCAGCACCAUGUUCAUUUGGCCAAUCCUCUUGACUUACAUCUCCAUGUGUCUUCACUGCACCGAUACAACUGCACUUUUAGUGGGACUGACAUACUCAUGAGCCAGAAUGAGUAUUUUCAAUCCAUUUAAUCAUGGAAAGUGUUCAGCUGGCUUCACAGAUUUGAACCCAGCAUCAAGGGGGUGUUGUGUGAUGAUACAACUGAACACAUUUCAAGCUCCCCACUACCCAAAAACACAUAAUAGGUGAAAACAAACCGAACCGGAUGAUUUCAUUCACAUCAACUCUUGUUCAAGUAAUUGUUGUAGCUAUAUAUCUCCAAAAUGCGCUUUAAACAAUCAAUUUUAUGAUUACUUGUAAUUGUGUAAUUAGUCAUGAAUUUGUUUAGAUAUCUCAGAUGAUUUUUGAGGCAUCAGAUGGGGCUGCCUCUUUCCUCUUUAUGGUGAAGAAGCUGGGGUUGUUAGUUUGCUCUUGGCAUUGACAUUGAGACAUGAGUGUAAACAGAUGGACCUGAAAAGAGCCUCUGCAGGGAGAUGGCUCCUCCUGCAAGACAGUGGAUGCUUAUAUAUGUGUGUGUGUGUGUGUGUGUGUGUGUGUGUGUGUGUGUGUGUUGGAUGGCAGACUGCCAGUGUGAGUAUUACAGAGGU